AUGAAAUAGAAUAUUUCGAAUCAGAUGACAUCAAAUGGAAAUGUGAAAAUUGUACAAAAUCCAAAAGACAAAGUAUGCGUUUAGAUACCAAAGCAGAUGAAGCUAAACAAAAUACCAUUUUACAAAAAAAACUUUCUCACCUAGAACAGAAACUCUUAGCAAAUGAAAUUAUUAUUGAUGGCAUACCAGAAACUCCAAACGAAAAUAUAAUUGAAACAAUUAAGCUCGUAGGACAAGAACUAAAUAUAAAAAUCGAAGAAAAUAUGAUCAAUGACUGCUACCGAAUCAAAAAUAAACAAAACACAAAUAGACUAGUUAUUAACUUUUCUAGACAUAUUGAUAAAGUUAACAUACUCAAAGCUAGAAAAGUCAAAAGAAACCUAUCCACCAAACAUCUAGGACUAAAUUCUGAUUCAAUGAUAUACAUGCGUGAAAGUUUAACCCCGGAAAAAAACUAUCUAUUUAAACAAGCAAGAGACUAUAAAAAAUUAAACAACUACAAAUAUGCAUGGACUUCAGAAGGUAGAAUAUUCAUACGGAAAGACGAUACAUCAAAAGUGAUACCGGUAGACAAUGAUUUUUUCACUCAUAUCUCACACACUUCUUUAAACUAA